CUUGCCCCUCGGAGCCGCCGCCUGAGUCCGGGAGGAGAAAAUGACCGAGGUACUGUGGUCGGCUGUCCCCAACGGGACCGAAGCUGCCCUUCUGGCCGUCUCGGGCUCGCCCUGGGGAAACAGCACAGUCGCCUCCACCGCCGCCGUCGCCGCCUCGUUCAAAUGCUCGCUGACCAAGACGGGCUUCCAGUUCUACUACCUGCCGGCCGUCUACAUUUUCGUGUUCAUCAUCGGCUUCCUGGGCAACAGCGUGGCCAUCUGGAUGUUCGUCUUCCACAUGAAGCCGUGGAGCGGCAUCUCCGUGUACAUGUUCAACUUGGCGGUGGCCGACUUCUUGUAUGUGCUGACUCUGCCCGCGCUCAUCUUCUACUACUUUAAUAAGACAGACUGGAUCUUCGGGGAUGUCAUGUGCAAGCUACAGAGGUUCAUCUUCCAUGUGAACCUCUACGGCAGCAUCUUGUUCCUCACCUGCAUCAGCGCGCACCGCUACAGUGGCGUGGUGUACCCGCUCAAGUCCCUGGGCCGGCUCAAGAAGAAGAACGCCGUCUACAUCAGCGUGCUGGUGUGGCUCAUCGUGGUGGUGGGGAUCUCCCCCAUCCUUUUCUACUCGGGCACCGGGGUCCGGAAAAACAAAACCACCACCUGCUAUGACACCACCUCAGACGAGUACCUGCGAAGUUAUUUCAUCUACAGCAUGUGCACGACCGUGGCCAUGUUCUGUGUCCCCUUGGUGCUGAUUCUGGGCUGUUACGGAUUAAUUGUGAGAGCUUUGAUUUACAAAGAUCUGGACAACUCACCUCUGAGGAGGAAAUCAAUUUACCUGGUGAUUAUCGUACUGACUGUUUUUGCUGUGUCUUACAUCCCUUUCCAUGUAAUGAAAACGAUGAAUUUGAGGGCCCGGCUGGAUUUUCAGACCCCAGAAAUGUGUGCUUUUAAUGACAGGGUUUAUGCCACUUAUCAGGUGACAAGAGGUCUAGCAAGUCUCAACAGCUGUGUGGACCCCAUUCUCUAUUUCUUGGCAGGAGAUACUUUCAGAAGGAGGCUCUCCCGAGCGACCAGGAAAGCUUCCAGAAGAAGUGAGGCAAAUUUGCAAUCUAGGAGUGAAGACAUGACCCUCAAUAUUUUAUCCGAGUUCAAGCAGAAUGGAGAUACAAGCUUGUGAAGACUCAAUCCCCAAACACCCACUUUUGUAACAUGGUAGGAUGCUUAAUAGAACCAAGUGUUCUCCCCGCCCCCUUUAAGUUUCUAAAAGUUUAGAGGAAAAUCAAACCAAUAAAUUAAUGAGUUUAAAAAAAAAAAAUGAAAAUGCCCACACCCACACUUGGCUUGUUUGGGUUUGCUUUCAAGGCCUUCUUUCCUUCUAACCAGAAAUAUGUGUAUAAUAAAAUAAUACUGUCCCAAUUAAACAUUUACUUUCUCUUCUGCCUUUAAAUUUUACAAGCUUUUCUGUUUAAGUGCACUUGAGUACUGGAACUAUUUUGAUAUUAAUCAUUUCUCCAAGAAAACUGACCACCUGAAUCCUGAGUUUGUGAUUCAUCUCGUCUUUAAUGUUUUUAAUAAUCCAUGGUAGAAACAAAUUGAAACUCUACAUUCUCA